AUGACACGAAGCCACUUCUCAGCUAUCAUCCCGAAGGACUAUGAGCGACUUCUCGACAAGGUCCGCAUCGAAGAUAGAAAGGGUGGGCUACUGCGAGACUCCUACCGCUGGGUGCUUGACAAUUCUGAGUUCCAGCGAUGGCGUAAUGGCAAACACAGUCAGUUGCUCUGGAUCAAGGGCGAUCCCGGUAAGGGCAAGACGAUGCUGCUUUGCGGUAUUAUCGACGAGCUGAGCCAGUCGACGAAACUAGCAGGCCACGUCGACGGCGCGCUGCUGUCCUACUUUUUCUGCCAGGCCGCCGACUCACGCAUCAACAGUGCCACGGCAGUACUGCGCGGCCUCAUCUACCUUCUCGCUGACCAGCAGCCAUCUUUCAUUCCACACAUCCGAAAGAAGUACGAUCAUGCAGGGAAGCAGCUCUUUGAGGAUGUAAACGCCUGGGUGGCCUUGUUAGAGAUCCUCACCAACAUCUUGCAAGACCCGAACUUGCAGAGCACAUACCUAGUCAUCGACGCACUCAAUGAAUGCGUAACCGAUCUGCCUCUCCUUUUGGAUUUUGUUGUCAGGAUAUCAUCGAUAUCCUCGCGAGUCAAGUGGAUCGUCUCCAGUCGCAACUGGCCCAACAUAGAGGAGCAUCUAGAAACCGCCACACAAAAAAUAAGGAUAUGUCUCGAGCUAAACGAGAAGUCAAUAUCGAUGGCCGUUGGCAUAUACAUCCGUUAUAAAGUGGAUGAGUUAUCGCAAGAAAAGAAAUACGACGAUACAACACGGAAUGCAGUUCAACGCUACUUAUGCUCGAACGCAAACGAUACCUUCCUCUGGGUAGCCUUGGUCUGUCAAAGCCUAAGUAGGAUCUCGCGAUUGAACACUAUGGCUAAUUUGGCCGCUUUUCCACUCGGUCUUGAAUCUGUUUACAAGCGAAUGGUACAGAAUAUUUAUACCUCAGAGAAUGCUGAUUUGUGCAAGCGCGUGCUUAGUGUUGUAGCGACCGCCUACCGUCCACUUUUCCUGGAUGAGCUUAAGUCUUUCAUCGAUCUACCUGAAGGCGUUCCCGGCGAUCUUGCUGCGUGGGGUCAGAUCAUUGGGUUUUGCGGUUCCUUAUUAACUCUCCGAGAAAAUGCCGUUUACUUUGUGCAUCAGUCAGCGAAGGAGUUUUUGCUCUCGCAAACAUCUGAUGCUAUAUUUCCUUCUAGAGAACAUAAUAUGCACCACACCCUUUUCUCAAGAUCGCUCUUAGUCAUGUCUAGAACACUGCGACGCGACAUUUACAGCAUACGCGCCCCCGGACUUCCUAUCUACAAAGUCAAGCAGCCCCACCCUGACCCCUUGGCUGGUGUCAGCUACUCGUGCUUUUAUUGGGUUGACCAUCUAUGUGCCGCAAGAAGCCUAGAAACUGAUAGCCGGUUCUCGACACUUACAGAACGAGACAUUAACGCAGUGCAUACAUUCCUAAGUGAGAAGUUCCUUUACUGGGUCGAGGCUCUCAGCCUCAGCCGAAAUAUAUCGAGUUUGGUGGUGGCUAUUGCCAAACUGGAGCAGUUUUCCACACAGCCCGGGAUAAGUUCACAACACCUCGCGCUCGUUCACGAUAUGAGUCGUUUUAUUCUUCACUUCCGAUCAGCCAUUGAAAAUUACCCUCUCCAGAUUUCCUCGUCAGCCCUGAUAUUCAGCCCAACUCAAAGCUUGAUACGACAGCUAUUCUGGAGAGAUGAGCCCGAAUGGAUAACAAUUAAGCCAAUUAUGGAGAGCCAAUGGAACGAGCUCCUGCAGACCCUUGAAGGCCAUAGGGGGUCUGCCGAUGGGACAAUAAAGCUUUGGGAUACAAAAACAAGAGCACUACUACAAACUUUUAAAGGUCACACGGCUUGGGUCUGGUCCGUGGCAUUCUCACCUAAUAGCCAACGGCUAGCAUCAUCAUCUUAUGAUCACACAGUACGACUCUGGGAUAUCAAUCUAGGGACGUUACAGCAAACCCUUAAAGGUCAUGAGGACUCGGUUAGGACAGUAACCUUCUCACCUAAUAGUCAGCAACUAGUGUCGUUGUCCUCCGAUGGCAAUAUACGACUUUGGGAUGCAAAUUCAGGCGUAUUACUACAGACCCUUGGAGGCCAUAAAGACUCGGUCACAUCAGUAGUAUUCUCCCCCGAUGGCUGUCAGCUAGCAUCAUGGUCAUACGAUCGUACAGUGCGACUUUGGGAUUCAAACUCAGGCGCACUAAAGCAGACUCUUAAAGGCCAUAAGGACUGGGUUUGGUCAGUUGCCUUCUCUCCCGAUAGCCAAUGGCUAGCGUCAUCAUCUUUCGAUGGUGUAUUGCGGCUCUGGGAUGCAAAUACAGGCGUACUAAAGCACACUCUCGAAGGCCAUAGAGACUGGGUUUGGUCAGUUGCUUUUUCACCCGAUGGCCAACAGCUGGUAUCAUCCUCUUCGGACGGUUUAUUACGGCUUUGGGAUACGAACUCUGGUAUAUUGCUACAGGCCUUCGAUGGCCAUAAGGACUGGGUUUUUUCAGUCGUUUUCUCGCCUGAUGGCAAACGACUAGCGUCAGGGUCUGCUGAUAAGACAGUGCGGUUUUGGGAUACGUUCUCAGGUGCAUUGUUACAGACCCUUACAGGCCAUACAGGCUGGGUCAGGUCAGUAGCCUUCUCGCCUGAUGGCCAAUGGCUAGUAUCAUCGUCUGCAGAUGGGACAGUGAGGCUCUGGACGAACUCAGGCAUACUAAUGCGGACACUUAAAGGUCAUAGAAACUCGCUUAAAUCCGUCGUCUUCUCGCCUGAUGACCAGCGUCUAACAUCAUUGUCUGCUGACGGGACGGUAAAGCACUGGGACACGAACACAGGCGCACUGCAGCAGGCUUGCCCAGCCGUGUCAACACCCUGCUUAUCGUGUAUUAGCGAUUCAAAACUCGUCACUGAAAGAGGCGCUGUCAAUCUUGACAACAUAUCUGAAUCUGAGAAUACUGAGGGUCCCGAAAGUUUCAAUUCCGAGUCGGUGGGCUGUGGCUUUAGCAAUGAUAGGUCCUGGGUUACAUGGGAUGGUGAGAAUGUCCUGUGGCUGCCACCAGAAUAUCGUCCCACAGCAUCCACGACAUCAGCAAUUGCGAAGCAGAAGGUGGCAAUUGGCUGCUCUUUAGGUCGUGUGUUACUGUUUGGGUUCUCGGCAGAUGUUGGUACGCAAUAG